CGCGCGUGGGCGCGGAGCGGGCCGCCGGGGUCACCAUGAGGACUCUCCGCAGGUUGAAGUUCAUGAGUUCGCCCAGCCUCAGUGACCUGGGCAAGAGAGAGCCGGCCGCCGCCGCCGCGGACGAGCGGGGCACGCAGCAGCGCCGGGCCUGCGCCAACGCCACCUGGAACAGCAUCCACAACGGGGUCAUUGCCGUCUUCCAGCGCAAGGGGCUGCCCGACCAGGAGCUUUUCAGCCUCAACGAAGGCGUCCGGCAGCUGCUGAAGACGGAGCUGGGGUCCUUCUUCACGGAGUAUCUGCAGAACCAGCUGCUGACGAAAGGCAUGGUGAUCCUGCGGGACAAGAUCCGCUUCUAUGAGGGACAGAAACUGUUGGACUCGCUGGCGGAGACGUGGGACUUUUUCUUCAGUGACGUGCUGCCUACACUGCAGGCCAUCUUCUACCCGGUGCAGGGCAAGGAGCCGUCCGUGCGCCAGCUGGCCCUGCUGCACUUCCGGAACACCAUCACCCUUAGCGUGAAGCUGGAGGGGGCGCUGGCCCGCACCCACGCCCGCGUGCCUCCCGCCAUCGUGCAGAUGCUGCUGGUGCUGCAGGGGGUGCACGAGUCCCGGGGUGUGACCAAGGACUACCUGUGUCUGGAGACGCUGAUCCAGAAGGUGGUGUCGCCCUACCUGGGCACCUACGGCCUCCACUCCAGCGAGGGCCCCUUCACACACUCCUGCAUGCUGGGGAAGGCAGACCAACCACUAAACAGUCCCCAGAGGAGUCCCCAAGGUGACCCAUACCCAAGUGAUGAGAGGCCUGUGGGUGGAAAGCCCAGGCCAGACUGGAGGGUGACGGCUGAGCUGAAGGACCAGGAGGAGCCAGGCCUGGGAAGAGGUGCACGUAGAGCGUCCUGGACGGAGGGGGCAGAGGCCCGAGGGCCACAGGGAGGAGAACUUGGACCCUGCCCCGCUAGGAAGGAGCCUCCGGCUCCCGCCCCGGAAAGGCCGCUGAGCCGCUCGCCGUGCGCAGUGCUGCCACCUAGGGUUCACUCCGCGGAACUGCAGGGCCCCGAGUGGGAGCCUGAGCUCUGCCCACCUCCCCCUUCCCACCCCCGCUGUCCUCUCCUGCCCCCCGCCCGGGGCGCCCACCACACUCGGAAUAAAACCUCAGCCACGACCUCACGUGGAAAGGCCUUUUGUCAUCCUGCCUCUGUCCUGGCAUUUCACCACUUCCUGACCUAUGGCCCACCCACGUGGGCUUGUCACCCCCCC